AUGGACAGCAGUGACCCACAGGAGGAUGAAAGAGGAGGCAGAAGGAAAAAGAAAGAUGGAGAGAAAGAUAAACAGCUGAAGAACCAGCUCAACAGUGAGGAAAAAGGAGAGAAGGAGAUCAAAGGGAAUGAAAAGGAGAAGAAGAAAGAAAGUCGACGUUCUGGGUCUCUAUGGAGGAGUGGAUGGGCGUUGAGUGAAAGACUCGCCAUCAAUGUCUCAGGGAUGCGUUAUGAAACUCAGCUUCGCACCUUAGCCCAGUUCCCUGACUCCAUGCUUGGUGACCCCACGCGUAGGUCACGGUACUUUGACCCGCUUCGCAAUGAGCUGUUCCUGGACCGCAAUCGGGCCUGCUUUGAUGCCAUUCUGUAUUUUUACCAGUCAGGUGGGAGGCUUCGGAGGCCAGCGAACAUACCCCUGGACAUCUUCAUGGAUGAGCUGAUGUUCUAUGAGCUGGGAGAGGAAAUCAUGAACCGCUUCAAGGAGGAUGAAGGUUUUCCCAAAGAGGAGGAAAGGCCUCUGCCGUCCAAUGCAAUCCAGAAAAGACUGUGGAUGCUGUUUGAGCACCCUGAGUCCUCAUCCGGCGCACGUAUCAUAGCCAUUAUCAGUGUUAUGGUCAUUGUGGUGUCCAUCCUCAUAUUCUGCCUGGAGACACUGCCUGACUUCAGGAAUGAGAAAGAGACACGAGAGGAAUAUUUUUACAAGUACCACUCCCAAGCAAAGAAUAUAUCUGAGAACAUGCCUCCUCCAUACAGUGUAUUCCACGACCCCUUCUUCAUAGUGGAGACCAUGUGUAUAUGCUGGUUCUCCUUCGAGCUCCUCAUGCGCUUCACUUGCUCGCCCAGCAAGAUGCACUUCUUCAAGGAUAUCAUGAACAUCAUCGAUUUCAGUGCCAUCCUGCCCUAUUUUGUCACUCUGGGAACAGAGCUGGCCAAGGAUAAUGACGCCAGUCCAGCAACAUCUUUGGCUAUCAUAAGAGUCAUCAGGUUAGUGAGGGUUUUCAGGAUCUUCAAGUUGUCUCGACACUCUAAGGGCCUCCAGAUCCUUGGUCAGACACUGAGGGCCAGCAUGCGUGAGCUGGGCCUGCUUAUCUUUUUCCUCUUUAUUGGUGUCAUUCUCUUCUCCAGUGCCAUCUAUUUUGCUGAGGCUGACCACACCAACACAGCCUUUAUCAGUAUACCACAUGCCUUCUGGUGGGCAGUUGUCACCAUGACCACAGUGGGCUAUGGUGACAUGUACCCAGAAACAGUGUGGGGUAAGCUGGUGGGCUCAAUGUGCGCCAUUGCUGGCGUGCUUACCAUCUCACUGCCAGUGCCUGUCAUAGUAUCCAAUUUUAGCUACUUCUACCAUCGGGAGACUGAAUGUGAGGAUCAAACUGAAUACACCCAUGUCAAGACAACACUGUGGGAGGACGAGGAGCCAGAAUGGGAGGAAAUAGAUGAAGGGGAUAGGGAUCCUGAGGGAGAUUAUUAUGCCAUUGAAGGCAUCUGUAACCCUCUGAAUGGGACUCUGCUGGGUGGACUGUGUACAGGGCAGAGCACUGAGUUCAGAAGGGGAAAUAUGUAUCUGAGGGAGCCACUGGUCACUCAGGUUUAG